UUCUAUACACAAUCGCAUUUCUCAGCUGUUUUAUUUUUGUGUCAGCGGAAACUACUCCGGAUACCAAUGACUUAUCUACUAGUGAACCAAGCUGCAUGGUAACCCUCGCAAAUCAUGAAGGAUCCAGCAAUAUCUCGCCGUCGAUCGAAAAAAGUGAAAUAGCGUUACUUUUGCUUCUUGGAUUCGGUGGAUUUUCCCUUUUUAUAGCUGGAGUUUAUAAGUCGUUACGAAAAUAUGUAUUCCAUGAUGAACAUAGUCUGGAUACAGUUUUUGAUGCAGGAGGACGUGUAAGCCUCAGUCUUACUGCAGUGACAGUGACGUCACAACUUCUUUGGCCUGCAGACUUCCUGCAAAUGUCAACUAUAACAAGCAAGUCUGGAAUGGGUGGAAGCCUAUGGACAGCUGUUGCAGUCGUAAUGGACAUUUUGCUAUUUCCAGCUCUAUCACUUUAUUUAAAAACUCGUGCCCCGGGAGCUAAAACCUUUCCCCAGAUCGCAUAUGCAAGAUUUGGAAAAGUAGCACACAUAAUCUUCUGUAUUUUGGCUCUAAUCACCAACAUCAUUGUCAGCACGAGUGUAAUGUUGGCGGGAAAAACUGCUAUCAAAGUUCUUAGCAAGGAUUCCAAUAACGAAUUCAUAUUUCUAAUUCUUGCUGUUUUAUUUGGGUCAUAUUGUAUGAUUGGUGGCUUGGGAACAACAUUCUACAUAUCGUACUUCAACACGGCUCUUACCUUCGUUGCAAUUUCCGUAUUUAUCAUUUAUACAAGUUUCUAUCCUUCAACGACAAUAGAGAAAGUUUCAACGAUCGAGUCAAUGUAUAAUGCCGUUACAUGUCUUAAAGGACCAGAUGGCAACUUUCAGAACUCCUAUCUGACGUUCAGAAGCAAAAGUGGUCUUAUAUAUGGUGUUGUAAUUAUCUUUAUGGCAACUUCUAUCAGUUUUUGUGAUCAAGCAAACUGGCAGAGUAGGAUUGCAGCCAAACCUUCACAAGGUGUAAUUGGAUUCUUCUUUGCUGCUUACAUGUGGUUCGUUGUACCGACGGCAAUGUCGUUUACGACAACCAUGACCUAUUUUGCGAUGAGUUAUGAGAAUGGAACUCAUUUACUUAGUGAUGCGGAAAUAGAUAACGGUUAUAUCAAUCCGUUUGUGAUGCACUUUUUGCUGGGAGACACCGGUGGAUAUUUAUUACUCACCAUGUUAAUGAUGGCAUUGAUGUCCACAGGUUCCGGAGAAGUUAUGGCUGUGUCAUCCAUUAUUGUUUAUGAUAUCUAUAAAACAUACAUUAAUCCAUUCCGUGCUAAUUUAACACCAACAUCGUGCAUUUUGUGUGGCUUUGAGAAACUGGUGGAUCAUACGACUGAUGAUGACACGAAAGUAUGUGUGUGUCCAUCUUCUAUAGGCUGUGCUGCAUGUGAAGACGAUAUUCAAGCUCGGGAGGAAGAUGGUGGCAAGUUUGGUGUACAUUAUAAAUGCAAAGUGCAUGGGGCUUACAGACAUUAUGAAGAUGGUCUUUGGCAAUAUAAGACUUGGUGUAUGGUGUGGGUAGUUGUUAUGAUCGUUCCCUAUGGCCUUCUUAUCUCUGAGACUAGCAUUAAUGUUAAUUGGGCAACUCUCGGCAUACCUGUUAUAACAAGUCCAUUUCUUUGGCCUUUGUUUCUGACUAUAACAUGGUCGAAAGCAACUUCUAAUGGCGUUGUUGCUGGUGGUGUAGUUGGUUUAAUUUGUUCUAUUGCUGGGAUGUUAAUAAUGGGUUCAACAUAUGAAGGUGGUUUGUCCGAUUUCUUCACGAACACAGCACAGGAUUACAGUCUGCUGGUGGCAAUGGUCAGUGGAUUUUUUAUCAGCGGAAUUAUAUGUUUCACUGUAUCAUUAUGUACACAUACAAUAAAAAGUAAAGAAGAUGAACAAAGAGAAUGGGCAAAAACGAUGAAUAUUGAUAACCCCCUUAACCCAUUUCGACUUGUAUAUGAAGAAGAACUGCGAGAUAUUGACGCAGGUCCCGUUAUAACAGCUGAAACAAUGGAUCGAAUCUUUCGUAAAGCCAAACUUGUUGCAUGUAUUGGGGCGGGAAUAAGUCUCGCCUUAUUUGCUGUUGUUGUACCAGCAAUUGCUCUUUCAUAUGAGAAAUUGUCGCUCGGACAAUUCAAAACAUGGAUAAGAACAUUUCAAUACUGGGUGUUUUUUGGAACGGUCCUAGUUGUUUUCAUACCUCCAGUAGAAGAAGGUCUGCAGAUAUGGAGAAAGUACAAAGAGAACUCUGAAAAACUCAAACAAAAAAGGAAGCUUGCAAAAAAGAAGCCAGAUGGAGAGAAUGAUUUUGUUAAUCUAAAUGGAGAAAUACUUUAAAUAUAUUUUUCAACUAAACAAAUAAGACUCUGUCUUUCUAUGAUUGAUAGUUUCAAUUUAAAAAUCAAGUUAUUAAGUUCAUAUUUCAAGAUGUCCUUAUCAAAUAAUCAUUUAAAGCAUAGCGAGUCAAUCUGAUCUUAACGAUCUUAACCUUCCACCUGAAACAGCAUUUGGAAGAAGGAAUGACGUCGAAAACCUGGUUAAUAUGUAGAUGAAAAGGCUUCGAAAGUCAGUGUCAGUAUUACUGGAGAUAGUAUCGUAUAAGAAAAGAAAAUUUAGCCGAAACUUUAUCCGUGCAAAGAAUAAGUAAAAUAUUUUGAAGAUAAUACUGCUUUGGAAAAUGCGGACGAAUCGUAAUGACAGACAGAAAUUCGACAGAAUUAAAGCCUCACUUAAAAAAUGUACUACAUGCAUAAGCUAUAUAUGUAAUGAUAUGUUUUAUAAAAUUUCUAAAGGGUAAAAUAAUAGUUUUAAUAUGUAUAAUAUGACCUUUGCCUGUUGAUCUGUGCUCUCUUUUUUCCAUAACCUUAUGAUUGAUUCUCGAAAAGCUUGUUACACACAAUGUAUUUGUCAUUUAACAUACAUGAAUAUUGU